AUGGCGCCAUCUAAUAGAGCAGCAGCAGCUAAAGCGAUAGCUUUGAGGAUGAAAGCUGUGCAAAUGAAAAGAACUAGCUCUAAGGAUGCAGGGCCGUCAACCACACCUAAAGCUUUGUCUCCAAAGAAGAGGGUUGUGUCUGCUAAGAAGAAGGAGGUGUCCCCGAAGAAGAAGGUUGUCCAAACUAAGAAGAAGACUAGAUCCCCGAAGAAGAAGACAAAGGCUGUAUCAGAGAAAUCUGUAUCAAAGACCAAGUCUGGAAAUAGUUCUAAGUCUAAUAAGAUAGAGGUUGGUGAUGAUAUCGAAGAUCCUAAUGCAACUGGUGGUUUGAAGCUGCUAAGGCGAGGGAUGGUGACAAUGAAUCGCAUUACAAGGCGACUCAUCAGAGGGAGAAAGCUAACCAUACAGAUUAAUGAUAAGGGGGAACCUUAUGGUAAGGCUGCAAAAGAAAUGCAGUCUUACAUUGGGGUCUUAGCACGUACAAAGAUCUCGAUUGUCACUGGUGAUUGGAGAGAGGUGGACCCUGAGGAAAAACAGAAAAUCUGGGAAUCUAUUAUGGAUGCAUAUGUGAUCCCUAAAGAAUGUAAGAAGCUGGUGAUUACCUCUGCUGCAAAUAAAUGGAGGGAAUUUAAAAGCAAAUUGACCAACAAGUACAUUAUCCCUUAUAUGGAUACCCCUGAAUUGCUUGAAAAUCCACCGGAUGAUUAUCGAUGUGUUAAGAAGGCUGAUUGGGAUAUCUUUGUCGCUGACAGGAUUUCAGCAAAAUUCCAGGAACUGCGUGAUGCACAAAUAGAAAAAAGAAAGGAAAAUCGGUUGGAAGCAAAAAUUGAUGGGAAGGAGGUGCCACUAGAGUCACCAGAGUCACCAAAACAAUUGACGCCACUUCAUGAACAUGGUUCAGGCCAAGGGAGCUGUUCCCGACCAGCUGAGAAGAUUUUGAUUGACAUUGUGGAAGGUGAUGGCAAAACAGUGAAGAAGAAGUUGGUUUUAGCCGAGGAGAAGAUAUUUGUUCAAGAGGACCAGCAAGUGGCUACAGAUCAACCAAUGCAGAAACUAACUUCUAUAAUUGAAGAGGAGGAGCUGCAGGUUGAUGGGAACGACUGCGGACUGGCAAUAGACAGGGUCGAAAAUAUUGUUGCUUAUGGUACUGUCAUUCAAGUUAAUGUUGAGGAAGGCAAUCAGAAGAUCCAUGGGGUUCCAUUAGGAGAGGACAAUGUGCGUGUCUCAGUCAUUGGAACCAUUGUGCAUGAUGCCUUGCUACCAUUUCCAGUGAAGGAUGCUGACAUAGUCACUGUCGGAGACGCCAUUGGGACUUGUGUUGCUUGGCCAAGAAAGCUAGUUGUUAUCCCUGCACCAGAGGCACCCCCUAAACCCAUUGAGCAGAAAAUAACAAAGCGUGCUAAUCCGAAGAAGAGAAUCAGAGAUUCAUUUGAUGAUGACAAUGAAGACCUGGAAAACUUGCCGACGAAUCUGCCAUUACCAGUAAAGGACUUGUGUAUGUGGGCCAAGACUGAAUUGAUGGAUGGCGCCACAAUCCACACAACAUUUGGUGGGGAAAUUUUCGGCCAUUCUAGGAAAGCAGUCAUCUUUAGAAGGGAUAUCUAUAACAUGGCUAACAUGCUGGAAGUAUCUGGAGGAGUCAUUGUUUUUUACAUGAGCUACAUUUAUGGAGUCCUGAAGAAGUCUAAGAUGCUUGAUAUGGUUGGCUUUAUGGACCCUGCACACACCGGUAUAAUUGGGUGUGGAAAUCCCACUGAACGGGCACGGUCUAUGUCAAAUCGGUACAUGUUAGGGAAACCGGGGCAAAUAUUUUUGGUUCCAUAUAACUCGGGUGCUCAUUGGAUGUUGUCGGUGGUGAACCCGGAUGAAGAAGCCGUGCAUUUCAUGGAUCCGCUAAAAAGGCGACUUUGUGCUGGUGAAUGGAAAAUUAUUGUCGACAACUCUAUUAAAAUCUUCAAUGCCCAAAAGGGUAGGAAAGGAAGGAAAAUAAUCCAAUGGAAGAAUCUUGCUGGUAUUCCGGAGCAAACUGAUUCUAAGACUUGUGGUUAUUUUGUCAUGCGUUAUAUGAAAGAAAUUGUGGAGGACAAGAACUUGGAGUUUGCUACCAAGUGGGAAAGGAAAUCAAAUCUUGCUUACACACAGAAGGAUAUUGAUGUGGUUCGAGCUGAAUGGGCAAAUCAUGUUAUGAAGUUCUAACUUUGGUUCUGUUUAAGGUAGAUGAGUAGCACCAGCAACUGCUUUUGUGCAUUUAUAUAUAACUGAUGGAAAGUGUUGAUGAACCUAAAUUAUGCAUGCAGUUGCUUUGCCUCGCUACUCUUU